AUGCCCACGGCGGACUGCAGGCUGCUCCAUCAUGGCCGGAUCAUGAGGUGUUGGACCUACCUGCUGCUACUCCCAGAAACGCUGAAAAGGUCCAAGCAGGUCGGCGGGCUCCCGGGCAGGCUGCCGCUGUACUAUGAGAUCCUGAGCCUGUCCCUGAGCAGCAAGAAGCAGCACAAGCAGAGGAAGAUGGCCGCGGAGCUCUACCCCGCGUCCGGCCACACCAACCUGGCCAACGGCACCACGGUGGCGGAAACCGAGAAGAGCAAGGCGGCGCAGGUGAGCGCGGCGGGCGGCGGCGGCAGCAGCGCGGCCACCACCCCGACCACCCAGCAGAACAUCAACAACAACAACCCGGAGCCCCCCAGCUGGCAGAGCAGCCACCCCACCCUGAGAGAGAGGAAUGCCUUGAUGUUUAACAAUGAGCUGAUGGCGGACGUCCACUUCAUCGUGGGCCCCCUGGGGGAGCAGCAGACGGUUCCAGCUCACAAGUACGUGCUGGCCGUGGGAAGCUCCGUCUUCUGCGCCAUGUUCUACGGCGACCUGGCGGAGGAGGAUCCAGAGAUCCACAUCCCAGACGUGGAACCCGCUUCUUUUCUAAUUCUGCUGAAGUACAUGUACAGUGAUGAGAUCGACCUGGAGGCAGACACGGUGCUGGCCACCCUGUACGCUGCCAAGAAGUACAUCGUCCCUGCACUGGCCAAGGCCUGCGUCACCUUUCUGGAAACCAGCCUGGAGGCUAAGAACGCCUGUGUGCUGCUCUCCCAGAGCCGCCUGUUCGAGGAGCCCGAGCUGACGCAGCGCUGCUGGGAGGUGAUCGACGCUCAGGCCGAGCUGGCUCUGGGCUCCGAGGGCUUCUGUGAGAUCGACCUGCAGACGCUGGAGAUCAUCCUGCGGAGGGAGACCCUGAACACCAAGGAGGUGAUGGUGUUCGAUGCGGUCAUGAACUGGGCCACGGCCGAGUGCAAGAGACAAGGACUCGAGCCCACGACUCACAACCGGAGGGAGGUCCUCGGCAAGGCGCUGUUUCUGGUGCGCAUCCCCACAAUGACCCUGGACGAGUUUGCCAACGGAGCGGCCCAGUCUGAGAUCCUGACACUGGAGGAGAUGCACAAUGUGUUCCUGUGGUACACGGCAGCUAAGAAGCCGGACCUGGACUUCCCCCAGACUGAGAGGACGGGUCUGGCGCCUCAGAGGUGCCAUCGCUUCCAAUCCUCGGCCUACAGGAGCAAUCAGUGGCGCUACCGCGGCCGGUGCGACAGCAUCCAGUUCGCCGUGGACAAGCGGAUCUUUAUCGCCGGGUUGGGACUGUACGGGUCGAGCGGCGGCAAAGCCGAGUACACUGUCAAAAUUGAACUCAAGAGGCAGGGGGUGCUCCUGGCCCAGAACCACACCAAGUAUGUGUCGGACGGGUCGAGCAGCACGUUUCCCGUGUGGUUCGAGCACCCGGUGCAGGUGGAGCAGGACGCCUUCUACACGGUGAGCGCCGUGCUGGACGGGAACGAGCUCAGCUACUUCGGCCAGGAGGGCAUGACGGAGGUGCAGUGCGGGAAGGUGACAUUUCAGUUCCAGUGCUCGUCCGACAGCACCAACGGGACGGGGGUGCAGGGAGGACAGAUCCCAGAGCUCGUGUUCUACGCAUGAGCUGCUCUGGACUGCUUGGGGGGGG